GAUGAGUUAGCGAGGGAAAGAGGAUGAGGCAGCGUUGGUCUUGGUGCGCUGUAGGCUACAGUGAAAACGCGCCGCUGCUGUUGUGGUAUCAGUCAGUAGUGCUUCAUCGCUCUCGAACGCAGCCUCGCCGCCCGUAGUGGAUUCAGCCCGUCGAGUCGGAGUCGGAAUCAGGCAUCCAAGAACCAGCAAGCGAAAUCACAACGAUGCCAUUCUCCACGAGACAAAAGACACAACAUAUUAUUUGAUAACUUCUAACAAUUCCGUGCUUCAGCCGCAGCCACCGAUUGCUGUCAACCACCUCUUCCCGUGCUUACGCCCCCUUACCCACAGGCCAGUGCAGGCACCAUGAUGCUCAGCGGCUCGGUAGACGUGCCCAGUCCGGGCGGGAUGAGCGCGGCGGCGGCGCGGAAUGUGGUGCGCAGCUCCAGCAUCAGCGGCGCCAUGUACAGCCUGGAGAAGAGCCCCAGUAGCGGGGUCGGGGGAGGAGGAGGAGGAGGAGGAGGAGGAGGAGUCGGGGACGCCGGGGUCCUCGCCGGGAACAAGAAGCGGCGCUCCAGCCUCGGGGCCAAGAUGGUGGCCAUUGUGGGCCUCUCGCAGUGGAGCAAGAGCACCCUGCAGCUCAACCAGCAAGAUGGCGGGACGAAGAAACUGCGCAGCACGAUCAGACGGAGCACGGAGACUGGCAUCGCCGUGGAAAUGCGUAACCGUGACCGGCAGGGCAGCAAGGAGUCCACUGACGGCAGCACCAACAGCAACAGCUCUGACGGAACGUUCAUCUUUCCCCCCACUCGCCUGGGCCCAGAGUCUCAGUUCAGCGACUUCCUGGACGGCCUUGGCCCUGCCCAGAUUGUGGGACGGCAAACGUUAGCCACACCUCCCAUGGGUGAUGUCCAUGUUGGUGUGGUGGACAGAGAAGGUCAGCUGGAGGUCGAGAUCAAUCAGGCUCGUGGCCUGACCCCGAAACCCGGCUCAAAGAACAUUCCCACGACGUACGUGAAGGUGUAUGUGCUGGAGAACGGAGCGUGCCUGGCCAAGAAGAAGACGAGAGUGAUCAAGAAGUCACUGGACCCCUCCUUCCAGCAGUCCCUGCUCUUCGACGAGAGUCCGCAGGGGAAGGUCUUACAGGUGAUCGUGUGGGGUGAUUACGGCCGCAUGGACACCAAGUGCUUCAUGGGAAUGGCGCAGAUCAUGUUGGAGGACCUGGACCUGUCGUCCAUGGUGAGCGGCUGGUACAAGCUGUUCCCCACCUCCUCCCUGGCUGACCCCAGCAUCGGCCCGCUGACCCCCGCUGACCCCCAGUCCUCCCACUGCUCUGUUGAAGGUGAGGUCACUGCGAAGACCAGCUCACCUGGCCAGGGUGACAAUCACGUGUGUAGUCCGACCUCAGCAGACGACGAGAGCACGGCGAGAGGCCGGUUUGAGCGGUGGAAGUCCGACAUUCAAAGUCACAGUGUAGGGACAGCUGAGAGUUACAGGUACAAUCAUUCUCUGGACAACCAGCAUACAGAAAAGAACCCCCUCAUGCAACAGCGGUAA